AUGUGGCGCGUGGUUGUUGUGGUGUUGGCGGCGGUGGUGGCGACACAGGGACAGGUCUCCUACGAUGACACCCAGCCCGGGGUUGUCGUGCCGGCGCCCUCCCCCAUCCCUGCCCCGGCUCCAUCAUUCGUGGUUCCUGUCCCGUCCUUCGUGAUUCCUGCCCCUGCCCCAGCCCCCGUCCCCGCCCCGUCCUUUGUGUUUCCUGCCCCCACCCCCCAGCCCGCCGUGGUCGUGCAACCACUGAUCUCUGGUGGAUUGUCCUUCGUGCCGCCGCCCCAGCCCUCGCUGCUCCCCGUCACGCAACCCGCAGCCCCACAAUUCGGCAUCCCUCAGGGCGUGCUGCCGCCGCUGCCUCAGUGCCCCAGCACCUACUCCCUGGUGCACGUGGCGUACCAAGACAGUCUGUACCACUUCUCGUGGUGCUUCCAGCCCGGCCACCGCUUCACCCACCAGCAGGCGGCAGACUACUGCAACAGCCUCAACCACCUCAGCCAGCCCUACCACUUCCAGGUGCUCAGGAUUGACGACACCACCGAGGUCUCCUUCAUCCACUACUUGCUGAGCUACUAUGCCCACGCCGCAGUAUGGACCAGAGACACCACCGCCACCGCGCCCUACAACAUCCGCGGCUUCAUAAACAGGUCCGGCGUGAACCAGCCUGGCCACGACUGCCUGUCCGUGGAGGCCGCGCUGCUCGCCCUGCACAGCAUCUGGGUGCACGAGAACACGUGCUCUAACGCCAAGCUGGUGGUCUGCGAAGCCCGCUACUAG